AUGUCCGCUGAACCUACUGUCAAUCGUGAUGUUUUACCAAGCAACGUCAUACCGUUACAUUACGAAUUGAGCUUCGAACCAAAUUUCGACACUUUCAAGUUCGAAGGUUCCGUAAAGAUCAACUUACAGGUCAAUGACAAGAGUAACGACGUGAUUAGUCUAAACACUCUUGAAAUUGAGUAUCAUUCAGCUAAAAUCGGUUCUGUAGAGGCUACCAACAUCGACGUGGACGAUGAAAGUCAAAUUGCCAAAAUCCAUUUCCCUCAAGGUACUAUGGCAAAGCAUGAUCAAGUCGACUUGGAAAUCAAAUUCACUGGGUUAUUAAAUGACAAAAUGGCCGGUUUUUAUAGAGCUAAGUACCAAGAUAAAAUGACCGGUGAAACUAAGUACAUGGCUACCACUCAAAUGGAAGCCACAGAUGCCAGAAGAGCAUUUCCUUGUUUCGAUGAGCCAAACUUGAAGGCAACUUUCGGUAUUACUUUAAUUUCUGAGCCAAAAUAUACUCAUUUGUCCAACAUGGAUGUGAAAUUUGAAGAAGUCAAGGCCAACAAGAAAGCCACUACUUUCAACACUACCCCAAAAAUGUCCACUUAUUUAGUAGCAUUCGUUGUCUCUGAAUUGAAAUACGUCGAAAAUAACGAUUUUCGUAUCCCAAUCAAGGUUUACGCCACUCCAGGUGAUGAAGCUAACGGACAAUUUGCUGCUGAUUUAACUGCAAAAACAUUGGCCUUCUUCGAAAAAACGUUCAACAUUGAAUACCCAUUGCCAAAAAUGGACAAGGUCGCUAUUCAUGAAUUCUCUGCAGGUGCUAUGGAAAACUGGGGUCUUGUCACUUACAGAGUCAUUGACGUCUUAUUAGAUGAAAAAAAUUCUUCCUUAGAUAGAAUUCAGAGAGUCGCUGAAGUCGUGCAACAUGAAUUGGCUCAUCAAUGGUUCGGUAACUUAGUCACCAUGGACUGGUGGGAAGGUUUAUGGUUAAAUGAAGGUUUCGCUACUUGGAUGUCUUGGUAUGCCUGCAACAACUUUCAACCAGGUUGGAAAGUUUGGGAACAGUACGUUGCUGAUAACUUACAACGUGCCUUAUCUCUAGAUUCCUUAAGAUCUUCUCAUCCAAUUGAAGUCCCUGUUAAAUCAGCAGAUGAAAUUAACCAAAUUUUUGAUGCGAUCUCGUAUUCUAAGGGUUCUUCUCUAUUGAGAAUGAUUUCCAUCUGGUUAGGUGAAGAAACUUUCAUCAAAGGUGUUUCCAAUUACUUGAAAAAAUUCAAAUACACUAACGCCAAAACAGAAGAUUUAUGGGAUGCGCUAGCUGCAACAUCUGGUAAGGAUGUUCGUAAAGUCAUGAACAUCUGGACCAAGCAAGUUGGUUUCCCAGUGGUUACUGUUGAAGAAAGUGGUAAAAACAUCACCUUCUCCCAGCAACGUUUCUUAUCGACUAAUGAUGUCAAGCCAGAAGAAGAUGAAACCGUAUACCCCGUAUUUUUGGCUUUAAAGACAAAGAAUGGUGUCGACAACUCCAUAGUCUUAGAUGAAAAGACCAAAACUGUAAACAUGGAAGAUACCGAUUUCUUAAAAGUAAACGGUAACCAAGCUGGUGUCUAUAUUACUUCCUAUUCUGAUGAAAGAUGGGCUAAGUUUGGUCAACAAAGGGAAUUACUCUCUGUCGAAGACCGUACCGGUUUAGUUGCUGAUGUCAAAAACCUUUCAUCCUCUGGUUUCACUUCUACUACCAAUUUCUUAAACUUGGUUUCCCAAUGGAAAGAUGAAACUUCAUUUGUCGUUUGGCAACAAAUUACAAAUAGUAUUGCCGCUUUAAAAUCCAGUUGGAUUUUCGAAGGGGACAAUGUAAAGAAUGCAUUAAACGAAUUUACUAGAAAGCUUGUCUCAGAAAAAAUCCAUAAAUUGGGUUGGUCUUUUGAAGAGUCGGAUUCUUACGAAACUCAACGUCUAAAAGUUACCUUAUUUGGUGCUGCAUGUGCUGCCAGGGACGAAGUAACAGAAAAAGCAGCAACUGAAAUGUUCUCCAAAUACACUAAUGGUGAUAAGACUGUUAUCCCAGCUUUACUAAGACAAAUCGUCUUCAACACUGUAGCACGUAUCGGUGGGCAAGAAGCCUAUGAAAAGCUCUUUAACAUUUAUAAGAAUCCAACCAACGGCGAUGAAAAGUUGGCUGCACUAAAGUCGUUAGGUAUUUUCAAGGAUGCUGCAUUGAUUGAGAGAACUAUUGGCUACUUACUAGACGGUACAAUCCUGAACCAAGAUAUCUACACUCCAAUGGUUGGUCUAAGAAGUCACAAGGAAGGUAUUAACGCAUUAUGGGCUUGGUUACAAAAGAACUGGACUGAAAUCGUGGAUAGAUUACAACCUGGUUCCCCAGUCCUAGGUCACGUCUUGAAUCUUUCUACCUCAGGUUUCACUUCUGUACAUGCUAUCGAUGAAAUUAAUAAGUUUUUCGGCGAUAAAUCUACCAAGGGUUUCGAUUCCAACAUUGCUCAAUCUAUUGAUACCAUUAAGGCCAAAACUCAAUGGGUGAACAGAGACGGUAAGGUAGUCGAAGCUUACCUGAAGGAGCACGGCUACAUGAACUAG